AUGAGUGACGAGAAACAGAUAAGUUGGAUAUAUGAAGGACCAAAGUCUUCUGUAAAUUGUGAGGAUUACCUUCUUGGAAAGAAGAUUGAUAAAAAUUUUGAAUUGUAUUCAGAUGUUGUCAAGAAGGAGGAAGACAAAAUAGAUGAAAUAGUAAAAAAAAAAAGUAGUACUGAACCAGGGAGAGUAAAUUCUCUUAAAGUUGAAUCUAUUGUUGGUGAAGAUCCACUAGUUGCAAUUAGGCUCAAACAAGCUAAAAAAGAAAAAGCAGCAUUGGAGAAUCCUGUUUUUAAAAAAAAAAUUGAAGACUAUUUAAGAAAAAAAUUUGAAGUUGUAUAUAAAGCUCAACUGAAAUUAGAGAAAAUUGCUAAAAAUUUAAACAGUAAAUCAUCAGAGUCAUCUGAUUCUUUAAGUUCAGAUUUUGAAGAGGAGAGAAAAAAUUUGCGUAGUAAUAAUACAUCUUCUAAACAUACCUACAAUAAAGAUUAUUCACGUACAAAAUCUAGAAGAAAACGUGAGAGAGAUCAAAGUGCUGAUUCAGAUACUUCAAUAAAACGAACAAAAAAACAUUAUGAUAAAACAACAUUAAAUAAAGAUAAUUAUUCAUCUAACAGGAAACAUAAACAUUAUAACGAUAGGUAUUCGGAUAGUUCAGUUGAAAGAAAAAAAGAUUAUGAUGACGAAAAAAUUUCAAGUAAAAAUGACUCGUCUUAUGAUAAAAAGCGUUAUAGUUCACAUAAAGAUACAAGAAGAUCACAAAAACCAUCACAUUCUGAUAAGUUGAAAGAGAGAAAAAAUGAUGUUAAUGAUAGAAGAAGAGACCAUAAAAAUUCUUAUUCUAGAGAUAAAAAAAUUGAAAAAAAACCAAAGAUGACACCUGAAGAGAUGGAAGAGAAACGUCGUGAAAUGAUUGAAAAUGCUAAAUGGCGUGAGGAAUCACGUAAAAAAAUUUUGGAUAAAGCUUCUACUUAUGAAAUUAAAGAAGAAAUAAUUGAAAAAGAAACAAGGUCAAAUGAAGUUUUUAAACCUAAACUAUUGUAA